AUGUUUUAUUAUUUAUUUAUUUUGUUACUCAACUUUACAUUAAAUAUUGAAGUUUUCCCCCAAAGUUUGAAAUUUAAUUUAGAAUAUUUUAAAUUUAUUUUUAAAGUGGUAACGAUAGAAUUGUUCAAUAAUUGUAGUGAACCAAUUUGGCCGGCAAUUAAAAAUGAUGGCCCGAUACCCAAUAACGGGGGUUUUGGUCCGUUGCAAGCAGGCCAAGUCCAAAGCCUUUCUGUUCCCUCAGAUUGGAAAUCUGCCCGUAUCUGGCCAAGAACUGGCUGUGGAGAAAAUAUGAUAUGUAUUACAGGGUCUUGUGGAAAUGGUGUUUUGGAAUGUAACGGACUUGAAGGACAAAUCCCCGCAUCAUUAGCCGAAUUUACUCUUAAUGGAGACGGGGGGCUUAGUUAUUAUGAUGUUAGUUAUGUAGAUGGAUCUAAUAUACCUUUACAAAUAAUUCCAAUAGCUGGAACUUUUAAUGGAGCUGUUGGAAAUUGUAAAGAGAUUAGCUGUACAGAAGAUCAACGAAAUUUGGAUUUACAAAAAUACAAUAUAGAAAUGAAAGAUAAUAACGCGGUAUUUAUUUAA